AUGAAAAGAGAUAUUGUUAGAUCUUACAGUAAGUCGAAGAUGCCGCGACUGCGAUGGACUACCGAUCUUCAUCGCUAUUUUCUCCAUGCUGUUGAACAACUCGGUGGCGAGAAGAGAGCGACUCCUAAAAAGAUUUUGAAGUCAAUGGGUGUGAAAACACUCACACUAUCACAUGUCAAAAGUCAUCUCCAGGUGUAUAGGAACAUGAAACAUGAAGAGUCUAUACAAGCAAAAAAGAGAAUGAUACGGAAAUUGAGGUGGCGGCAAACUCAACUAUACCUUCGGAUCUAUGAACAUCUUCGAGACACAACCAAGUUUAUCCAAAGCCAACAAAGGCUACAGUACAAUAUUAAUGAAAAGAUAACCUCAAAUCGGAAAUUAAGUAACAAAACUAUGGAUGUGUCUUGCAAAUCUCUCUUUCAAUCAUCCAGAAUCCGACUAAUUGAAAUCAGAGACGAUGAUAAAGAUAAUGAUAAAAAUAAUGUUGUUAAUGUUGAUGAUGAUGUUGCUAUUACUGGUGAUGGUGCAAAUGAUCCUUUAAACUCAGAAGAUUUGAAGAAUAAAGAAAAAAUGUCCCUUGAACUUUCUCUUGGUUUCAAAUACUAA